CACUUUUUUCACUUUUUCUUCUUAAAACUUCUAUAACAUUAUCAAAAAUCAACAAAUCAACAUAAUUUUUUUUUUUAAUAAGACCUUAAAUGUUUUUAUGCUUAUUGCUUUUUUUAUGUACUAUAAAAUAAAAAAAAAAAAUUGUCCCGACACUGUUUCUUCUACAUUUAAAUGGCUGCCGUAGUUAAAAAAACACUAUUUUUGUGUUAAAAUUUUCGAUUUUAAAUUUUAUUGGUAGUAAAUUGCCGUCAAUAAGACAAGUACUAUCGGUUUUUUUUUUUAAUAUUCGUCAUGUUAAACUGAGCAUACUUGAAAGCUCUAAACUAACAUUAAAAGAGGUCAGUAUUUUUUGGCAAAAAGCUCGUAUAUUUAUCAGUGCUGAACAGUAUUGCAUAAAAAAACUUCAAAAAUAUUACGAUGAAUGGAGAAAUUUACAAAAACUGGAAUACAGAAAAUCUGACACUCAAGUAAAAAAAAAUGAAGAAUUUAGGUUUUGAACUAAAUGAUUUGUUCGACAUUGCUCAAGUUGAUGCCCUUAAUUUAAUGUCAUUACAAGAAGAUAAAGAUUUUUUAUUAAUGCAAAGACAAAAUGGACGUCCUGGUAUUAUGUUAGGAGUUGAUAUGAAUAUUGCACAAAAAGAAAAAAGAGCCAAUGAAAGGUUAAAGAUGUCCGAAAAAAGACGUAAAAGAAGUUAUGACGAGAUACAGUCAUUGAAUGCGCAAGUAGAAAUGUGCUCAUCAUCAGAAUCUGAUGUUACUGAAGAUGAUUUUAACAAGCCUGGAUCGUCUAAAAUGUACGUUAAACAACCAACUAGAGGUAGUAUUGAUUUUAUUACGUCAAAACUUGCAGCUGCACUCGAUAAAUGCAAAAUUAGUGAUAGAGAUGCAGUUCAUAUAUUAAUUUCAACAGAAGAGGCAUUAGGUGGGGACGUUGAAAAAUUAAUUAUAAAUCUUUAAUUCGAAACUCACGCAUACGAUUCCGUAAAGAACGCGCUGACAAAA